AAUGACACAUGUGAAGUGUCCCUUUUAUCUAAAUUACCUUAUUUUCUUCUGUGGAGGUUGGCAAACCAAGUUGAGGUUGGAGUUUAGCAAAUAACAUGACCUAAGCUUAAAAAAAAAAAAAAAACAGUGUCUAUGGGACUCGGUAACAUCGUGAACCCAACAUGCGUGCGCGUGUCCACUGACGGCUGCAGAGGGAGGGAGCAGCGGGCGACAUCUUGGAUUCAUGAGUGAUCGGUGACCGCAGCUUCUAACACCAAAUACUCUCAAUUACACGGAGCUUCGGUUAGAAGCGGACACACCUGUCUCUGCUGAGGCGGACCGGUCCGGUUCGGAGGACACAGAGAGACUGACACACAGAGUUUUCCAGCAUGGCCCGUGAACACUGAGAGAGACCACCACCAUGAUCGGAGGACUCUUCAUCUACAACCACAAGGGCGAGGUGCUGAUCUCCCGUGUCUACCGUGAUGACAUCGGGAGGAAUGCGGUGGAUGCGUUCCGAGUGAAUGUGAUCCAUGCACGUCAGCAGGUACGCUCACCCGUCACCAACAUCGCCCGCACCAGCUUCUUCCACGUCAAGCGCUCCAACAUCUGGCUGGCUGCUGUUACCAAGCAGAAUGUCAAUGCAGCCAUGGUGUUUGAGUUCCUCUAUAAGAUGUGUGACGUCAUGACUGCCUAUUUUGGCAAGAUCAGCGAGGAGAACAUCAAGAACAACUUUGUGUUGAUCUACGAGCUUCUAGAUGAGAUCCUGGAUUUUGGGUACCCCCAGAACUCUGAGACCGGAGCCUUGAAGACCUUCAUUACUCAACAGGGUAUCAAGAGCCAGUCUCUGCUCAUGCUUCAUUGUUUCCUCAUCGUUUCUCUCCUCUGUGUCUCCUGCUGCAGUGGGAAACAGUCCAUUGCGAUCGAUGACUGCACGUUCCACCAGUGUGUCCGUCUCAGCAAGUUUGACUCGGAGCGCAGUAUUAGCUUCAUCCCUCCCGAUGGAGAGUAUGAGCUCAUGAGGUACCGCACCACUAAAGACAUCAUCCUCCCCUUUCGCGUCAUCCCAUUGGUCCGAGAGGUGGGCCGCACCAAGCUGGAGGUAAAGGUGGUGAUCAAGUCCAACUUCAAACCCUCCCUGCUGGCACAGAAGAUAGAGGUGCGCAUUCCUACUCCACUCAACACCAGUGGGGUUCAGGUCAUCUGUAUGAAGGGGAAAGCCAAGUACAAAGCCAGUGAGAACGCCAUUGUUUGGAAGUACGGCUUGAUUUUACUGUAUGAACUCCCUUCAGAAUUUCACUUGCUAUGA